AUGGUGAAGUUAGUGAGAAACAUUCGGGAAGAAUUGCUAUACCAGUCACCUAAAAAGAUCAAUGUGUAUCCAUAUUCGUUUAUAACAAAACCGGAAGUGACUUGUACAAACAGUACAAAGUUGUUGAUUGUUGUCAAAUCAGCUCCUAGAAACAGAAAAAUUCGACAAGUUAUUCGGGACACCUGGGCUAACGAAGAGCGUAUUUACGGGAUCAAACGAGUGUUCGUUUUGGGAAAAACAAACAGAGGUGUCAAAGACGUGGAAGAGGAAAUUAAAAUUCACAGAGAUAUACUACAAAUCGAUUAUGGAGAUAGUUACUAUAUGAACACGUGGAAAACACGUGGUGCAUUGAUAUGGGCCGGUAACUCGUGUCAGCAAAGUGAUUACGUCAUGUUGGUGGAUGACGAUUACUAUGUGGCCACAGACUUGUUGGUACAGCAACUGGAAGUAACCGGAAACGUGAAUGAAUAUCUGUACAUGGGAUGGGUCAACCCGAGGUCAUAUCCAUUUAGGUCAAAGGGUAUGGAGAAGUAUAAUGGAACUUUUAUGGAAGGUCCAUGUAAGUGUUUCUUAAGAUUCCGCAAUGAUGAAUUCGCAUUAACAUCGGAAGGAAGAGAGUUCCAGCAGUUUAAGACGGAUGGAGUGAUUGCCGAUCUAGAGAAAACUUAA